CUCACUCCUUGCUGGUCGCGUGGAGAAGCCCUUCUGGCUCCCCAAGGUGCAGGAAGGGCAGCUUCUCAGGAUGAUCCUCCUGGCUGUGCUCUUCCUCUGCUUCAUCUCCUCAUACUCAGCUUCUGUGAAAGGUCACACAACUGGCCUUUCACUAAAUAAUGACCGGAUAUAUAGGCUCACAUACUCCACUGAAGUUUUCCUUGAUGAGGGCAAAGGCAAACCCCAAGACAGCGUGGGCUACCGAAUUUCAUCCAGCGUGGAUGCUGUCCUGCUGUGGCGGAACCCUGAUGGUGACGAUGACCAGCUGAUCCAAAUCAAGAUAACAGACGUGAGAGUUGAAGAUGUGAAUCAAAAGAGAGGAGAAAGAAGCAUCUUCAGAGGAAAAACUCUUCCUAAACUCCUAGGAAAGCAAAACUUAGAGGCUCUGCAAAGACCUAUGCUCCUUCAUCUAAUCCGUGGAAAGGUCAAAGAGUUCUACUCAUAUCAAAAUGAGCCAGUAGCCAUAGAAAAUCUGAAGAGAGGCCUGGCCAGCCUUUUUCAAAUGCAGUUAAGCUCUGGAACCACCAAUGAGGUAGAUGUCUCUGGCAACUGUAAAGUGACCUACCAGGCCCAGGAGGAUAAAGUGGUCAAAAUUAAAGCCUUAGAUUCAUGCAAAAUAGAGAGGCCUGGAUUUACAAUCCAAAAUCAGGUCUUAGGUGUCAGUUCAAAAGCUACAUCUGUUACUACCUAUAAGAUAGAAGACAGCUUUGUGUUAGCUGUGAUUGCAGAAGAAAUCCAUGCUUUUGGACUGAAUUUCCUAAACUCCAUAAAAGGAAGAAUAGUAUCAAAGCAAAAAUUAGAGCUGAAAACAACUGAAGCAGGUCCCAGACUGAUCCCUGGAAAGCAGGUUGCCACCGUAAUUAAAGCAGUUGAUUCAAAGUAUACAGCCAUUCCCAUUGUGGGGCAGGUCUUCCAGAGCACGUGUAAAAAAUGCCCUUCACUCUCAGAGCACUGGCAGGCAGUCAGGAAGCACCUGCAGCCAGACAACCUCUCCAAGGCUGAGGCCGUCAGGAGCUUCCUGGCCUUUGUGCAGCACCUCAGGACUUCACAGAGAGAAGACAUCCUGCACAUCCUGAAAACUGCAAGUCAAGAUGUCCUCCCGCAGCUUGUGGACGCUGUCACCUCUGCUCAGACCCCAGCCUCCCUAGAAGCCAUUUUGGACUUUUUGGACUUCAAAAGUGACAGCACUGUGGUUCUCCAGGAGAGGUUUCUCUAUGCCUGUGGAUUUGCCUCCCAUCCUGACGAAGAGCUCCUGAGAGCUCUCCUCGGGAAGUUCAAAGGUUCCUUUGGGAGCAAUGACAUCAGAGAGACCGUUAUGAUCGUAAUCGGUGCCCUUGUCAGGAAGCUGUGUCUGAAUGAAGGCUGCAAACUCAGAGCAGUAGUGGAAGCCAAGAAGUUAAUCCUUGGAGGACUUGAAAAGCCAGCAAAGAAAGAGGACACCAUGAUGUACCUGCUGGCCCUGAAGAAUGCUCUCCUUCCAGAGGGUGUCCCGCUGCUGCUGAAGUACGCAGAGGCUGGGGAAGGGCCCAUCAGCCAUCUGGCCACCACCACUCUCCAGAGAUACGAUGUCCCCUUCAUCACCGAUGAGGUAAAGAAGACCUUGAACAGAAUAUAUCAUCAGAACCGCAAAGUUCAUGAAAAAACUGUACGUACUGCCGCAGCAGCUGUCAUUUUAAAGAACAAUCCAUCCUACAUGGACAUAAAAAACAUCCUGCUUUCUAUUGGGGAGCUUCCCAAAGAAAUGAAUAAAUAUAUGCUUGCCAUGAUUCAAGACAUUCUACGUUUUGAAAUGCCUGCAAGCAAAAUUGUUCGCCAAGUUCUCAAGGAAAUGGUCGCUCACAAUUAUGACCGAUUCUCCAAGAUUGGAUCCUCUUCUGCCUUCACCGGCUACAUAGACCGUAGCCCCCACUCGGCAUCCACUUACAGCCUUGACAUCCUUUACUCCGGUUCUGGUAUUCUGAGGAGAAGUAACCUGAAUGUCUUUCAGUAUAUCGGGAAGGCUGAUCUCCAUGGUAGCCAGGUGGUCAUCGAAGCCCAAGGGCUGGAGGGCUUGAUUGCAGCCACUCCCGAUGAGGGUGAGGAGAACCUGGACUCCUAUGCUGGCCUGUCUGCCAUCCUCUUUGAUGUUCAGCUCAGACCUGUCACAUUCUUCAAUGGUUACAGUGAUUUGAUGUCUAAAAUGCUGUCUGCAACUAGUGACCCUGUCAGUGUGGUGAAAGGACUUAUUCUACUAAUAGACCAUUCUCAGGAGCUUCAAUUGCAAUCAGGACUAAAGGCCAACAUAGAAGUCCAGGGUGGUCUAGCUAUUGACAUUUCAGGAGCAAUGGAGUUUAGUCUGUGGUAUCGUGAGUCUAAAACCCGAGUGAAAAAUCGGGUGGCUGUGGUAUUGACUGGAGAUGUCACGGUGGAUUCCUCUUUCGUGAAGGCUGGCCUGCAAUCCAGGACUGAGUCCGAGGCUGGCCUAGAAUUUGUCUCCACAGUGCAAUUCUCCCAGUAUCCAUUCUUGGUCUGCAUGCAGAUGGACAAGGCUGAUGCUCCGCUCAGGCAAUUUGAGACAAAGUACGAGAGGCUGUCCACGGGCAGAGGCUACGUGUCUCGGAAGCGAAGAGAAAGCCUCCUGGCCGGCUGUGAGCUGCCCCUGCACCAGGAGAAUGCCGACAUGUGCAAUGUGGUGUUCGCCCCACAGCCUGAGAGUGCCUCCGGUGGAUGGUUUUAAAAGCUGACCUGUGACAUUUCGCUCAAAGCUUCCCCCAAAAGGGAUGUGAUGUGUCAUGCCUACGUACUUGCUCUCUGAGAGCACAGUGUUUACAUGUUUACCUGUAUUUAAGAGUUUUGUAAAAAGCUGAGAAAAGCUUCAGUUGAUUAGAUUCAGGCCCAUGUGGCUCACAGCCAGUGUCCCUUCCAGUCAUCCCAUGACAUUUCCAUCAUGUGACACGGCAGCCUUAAUUUCCCUGCUCGUCUCACAAUUCCCUUCAACCCAGUAAAAGUAGUGCUGCUCUAAGAAGAAGCUAGUGCUUGCUGACAAGUAAAACAUAAACAAAGCCACCCAUACAAGAGGGUCUCAUUUUUUUUUUUAAUACUUUCAAUGUAUAGAAAAAAAGCCUUUGACAGAGCCUUAGGUAUGGCUCUAUUUCUACAAAACAUUGCCUAUUCUGGGAAUAAAAGCCUGUUGUUGUUUUUUUUUUUCUUUCUUCUCUUGAGGGCAGUGGGUGCACAGAGAGGGUGGGUAUAAGACUUUUGAAAGGAUUUCACUAGCCAACCUAAGAAUUAGUAUUUAUACUUCUGUGACUGAUUUUUGUCAAGAACUGAGGAGAAGCACAGAACAGGCCACGCAAUGAUGCCUCAGACCACACCAGGAACACCGGCCUGGGCACAUGGGGUGAGAACUGGCUCCUGAACCACUGUUAGCUCAUCCUUAUGCUGAAUCUUUUAGAUUCCAAGGUGACCACUAACUUUAUAAGGGAUACCCCACAGUUCUCCCCUUUCUCUAUGUGGCAUGUGUUUUAUGGCAUGAUAGCCAGUUCUUUUACAAACUGGCAAAUUUGGACUUUAAAAAUAUGUUAUGAAAUAAAGAGUCUCUUUAUUUGUAUGAAUUUAAAAAGUUAUGUUGGCUAUUUUAAAAUAUUUAUUAAUGAAAUGGACAUAUUCACUGUGAUAAACCCCAAAAGAAAUGACAGGCACUCCUUUGCCUUCCGUACACACAGGCAAUGUGGAAGUUUAAUCCCCACAGAUCACUGUGCACUGAAAUGAUGGGUGAUAAAAUAAAUGUGUGGAAAUCUUA